UGGAGGAUGUAACAAAUCGCAAUUUUGAACACUGAUGGAUCGAAAAAGACCAAAUUAUUCCCGCGACAGGGAUCGCGAUUAUGACAGGGAUAGGCAGAAAAAGAUAAUGAAAUAUGACGGAGCAGUAAAACAGUCACUUCCACCUCAGGGUGGCAAUCCCCGGGAACAAGAAGACCGCCACCUAGAGGAGAAGAGAGAGAUGAGAGAACUCAUGUUACGUGAACAUGUGUCGAACAAUCCGAAUAAGGGGCCGUGGGCAUCGAUUGGCAAAGAUGUGAAAGUUGUCCAAUGUUGGCGCUGCAAAGAUUAUGGACAUCGCUCUGGAGAUCAAGAGUGUCGGUUGUUAACGCAGAAAAACAAGUCAACAGAAAUCUUUAGAUUUGAACAUGAAGAUCCCAUGCAUAAAUAUUUUGAAGAGAGGAAGAGAAAAGAAAAAGAGGAAAGAGUGGAACAGUUGAAGCUACUUUUAGAAGAUUCCUCUACAGACAGUGAUAGUAACAGUGACAGUUCAUCCUCUCGUAGCCCUCAAAGAGAAAAACAUAAGAAGUGCAAGAAAAAGAAAAAGGACGUAAAAUCAAAGACAAAUAAACAUAAGCCAAAAACAAAGAAAAUAAAAGUCAAAUCUAAAAAGGAUCAGACUCGAAAGAAAAGUAAAAGAGAAAAGAAAAAGCAGUCCAAAAAAUCAAAUUCUUGUUCUCCCAAAUGUAACAGCGAAACUGGUUUAAAAAUGUUGCGGACGCAAGAUCAUAUCAAUAGUGACGAUGUUAAAUUGGAUGCUACUUCUUUGAACUGUGAUAAAGGUGAUCAACAUGUGAAACAUGAUGUGAGGGAAACAGCCAGUUAUGGUCCAUCUCCACGCGAUAUUCCAACUCGCAUUCAAACUAUUUGUGAGUUGAAGGGUCGGCCGGUUCACGUUGCAUCCAUUAAGAACAAUUUUAGUAGUUCUGAGGACCAGAAGGCGUCUAGUGUGCCAAAAGACAUUGCGAAUUCGGAUGCUGGACGACCAGCUGUAUCUGAAUCGGAGUUGCAGAGGGAAUUGAGACGCUUUCGGAUAGAAUCUCUCCAGCUGAAGGGCCAAGUGCUGAUCUAAUGUGACGUAUACCGGUACAGUGGCACCUCCCUUAGUGAACACCUCUACAUGAAGGACACUCUCUCUAUUGAGGACACCCUCUCUAUUAAGGACACUAGUUUUUGUCCCAAGUUGGUUGUUUUCAUUCAAUUUGACCUCUCUAAUCAGGACAUGGAUGUCACAACCGUAAGGACAACCAUCAAACCUGGUGGAAAAUUCACUGUUUUCAUUUGAGGGCAACGUCAUAAAUUUUAUCAAUAAAACCAAAA